GCCGCUGGGACUGUCUCCAUGUUUCAGCUGCCGAUCCUCAACUUCAGCCCUCAGCAAGUGGCCGGGGUGUGCGAGACCCUGGAGGAGAGCGGCGACGUGGAGCGCCUGGGGCGCUUCCUGUGGUCGCUGCCGGUGGCGCCGGCGGCGUGCGAGGCGCUCAACCGGAACGAGUCGGUCCUCCGCGCCCGCGCCAUCGUGGCCUUCCACGGCGGCAACUACCGCGAGCUCUACCACAUUCUGGAAAGCCACAAGUUCCCCAAGGAGUCGCACGCCAAGCUCCAGGCGCUCUGGCUCGAGGCGCACUACCAGGAGGCCGAGAAGCUCCGCGGCCGGCCCCUGGGACCCGUCGACAAGUACCGCGUGCGCAAGAAGUUCCCCUUGCCCCGCACCAUCUGGGACGGCGAGCAGAAGACGCACUGCUUCAAGGAGCGCACCCGGCACCUGCUCCGCGAAUGGUACCUGCAGGACCCUUACCCCAACCCCAGCAAAAAGCGCGAGUUGGCCCAGGCCACAGGACUCACCCCCACGCAAGUGGGCAACUGGUUCAAAAACCGGCGCCAAAGGGACCGGGCCGCCGCCGCCAAGAACAGGCUCCAGCAACAGGGACUCUCCUCGCAGGGUGCGGGUCGGUCGCUGCCGUCGGAGGAAGAGAGCGCGGGCGAACCGCCGCUCGGCGCCGCCGCCAGCCCAGCCGCCAGUCUCUCCAGUAAAGCCGCCGCUUCCUCGGCCAUCUCCAUCACCUCCAGUGAUAGCGAAUGCGAUCUGUGA